AUGCAGCCUCCGCGUUUGCUGAUAUUCUUUUCAACAUUGGCUUUUGGUUUGAGAAUUGGUGCUCGAAGGCUGAAGAAAGUCCCUCUCAAGAGUGAUGACUAUCUCUCAGGUCUUGCCACGUUAUUCACAUGGGCAAUGGCAAUUGUUCUGAUCAUUGGAGCCGCGAGGGGUACACUUGGAACACAUACACUGCAGAAUCCUAAUACUGGUGCAGUUAUAGUCACUUGGCAUGAGAUUGACACUUCCAAGCUUGCUGGCAUCUCGCAACUCCUUACAAUUGUAGCCCUCGGUGUAUUGAAAAUGAGUGUCGUUAUGCUCUAUCGACGUAUAUUCAUUGGUCAGCAAUUUAGAAUGAUAUCUCUCAUCGUUGCGAUUAUGAUUGUAGCCUGGACAGUAUCCUUCCUAUUUGCUACGAUCUUCGAAUGUGGGCGUGACCUUGGCUUGCUUUGGAAAAGUCUUUCAACGUUUAAAAAGAAUUGUGGGAAGUACAAAUACAUUCAAAUUGGACACGCUGGGUCGGACGUCAUUACCGAUCUAAUAGUCCUCGCUCUUCCUUUGCCGACCAUCUGGACGUUAAGGUUGAGUGAGACGCGAAGAUUCGCCUUGUCGCUCAUUUUCUUACUAGGUUUAUUGUCAACAGCAGCUGGAGCCGCUCGUCUUGCGAUUGUUGGCAAAGACAUAUACGGAACAAGAACGGGAUCUCGCGAUGUCAGAGCAGUUGAAACUAACGCUAUGGUAUGGUCAUAUGUGGAGGUCGGUGUUGGAGUUGUGGCUGCCUGUCUGCCAACACUCCGGCCAUGGCUACAUCGGCGGACUCCAGAAAGUAUCGUCAACAGCGUGCGUUCGAAGAUAUCUUUGCAGUCGCUCGGAUCUCGCAGCAAACAUGGAGCGCAUGAAUCUGUGACAGAAACCUCAAAAUCAGAUAUCGAAUUGCAAGAGUACGAGAUGCUGACUCCGAAACGAUCCAACCAUGAAUUAAAUUCAACCGUCACCGCAGAUCGAAUUGAACGGGUGGAUGAUGGCAACAGUAUUUUAAACAUCCCCGGUAAGAUCCACGUACAGCAUGGCGUCACUGUUGAAGCAGAGACGAUCUCACGCAGACCGUAG